AUGGCAGCGCUACGGCUCUCAAUUUUGGCCAUCGUUGGCUUAGCUCUCUUCUCCACCAUUGAUGCCAAUCCCAUCAAGAGGGCAGCCCCGGAGGGUGUUACCGAAUUUAUAAUUUUGCACAACAACGAUAUGCAUGCCCGUUUCGAACAGACCAGUGUGGACAGUGGCAAGUGUACCAAAGAAAUGGCCAAUACCAAUAAGUGCUAUGGUGGCUUCGCCCGAGUGGCCUAUGAAGUACGCAAAUUCCGCGAGGAGGCCAAGAAUGGUGGACCACCAGUAUUGUACUUGAAUGCCGGUGACACCUAUACCGGAACGGCCUGGUUCUAUGUCUUCAAGGAUAACAUUACCGCUGCCUUUUUGAACAAACUGCAGCCGGAUGCCAUUUCCCUGGGUAACCAUGAAUUCGAUGAAGAUGUCAAGGGUUUGAUACCCUUCUUGAAUAAGGCCGAAUUCCCCGUACUAACCACCAAUUUGGAUUUGUCCAACCAACCCGAAUUGAGGGCAGCCAAAAAUCUGAAAAACUCCACGGUAUUGAAUGUCAACGGCGUCAAAGUGGGUGUUAUCGGCUAUUUAACUCCCGAGACCCAAAAUCUCACCAAGGCCAAGGAUAUCAUAUUUGUUGAUGAAGUAGAAGCCAUCAACAACGAAGCAGCCCGCCUUAAGGCCGAGGGUAUUAACAUCAUCAUCGCUUUGGGCCACUCCGGCUAUAUGAGAGAUCAGGAAAUUGCUGCCCAAUGUCCCGACGUGGAUUUGGUCAUCGGUGGCCACACCAAUACCUUCUUGUACAAUGGUGAACAACCCGAUGCUGAACGUAUUGAUGGCCCUUAUCCCACAGUGGUUAAUCAAACCUCUGGCAAGCAGGUUCCAGUGGUGCAGGCCUAUGCCUAUACCAAAUAUUUGGGUAAACUACAUGUUCAGUUCGACAAGGAUGGCAAUUUGCUGGAAUUCGAUGGCACACCCAUUUUGCUGAACGCCGAAAUACCCCGCGAAGAUGAUGUCCUGCAAUUGUUGGAAACCUAUCGUCCCGAAGUUGAAGCCUUGGAAAAUGAUAUUGUUGGCCAUACAAAAGUCCACUUGGAGGGUCGUUCGGAAAUCUGCCGCUCAGAAGAAUGUAACUUGGGUAAUCUGGUUGCGGAUUCCAUGAUCCAUGCCCGUGUUUUGGAUGAUUUGGGUGGUGCUUAUUGGACUGAUGCUGCCGUGGCUUUUAUUCAGGGUGGAGGUAUUCGCAACUCCAUUGAAAAACGUUCUGAUGGUUCCAUCCUAGCUGCCGAUGCCGUUGGUGUGCUGCCCUUCAACAAUGACUUGUAUGUGACGAAAAUUUCCGGUAAAACUUUACUCGGUGCCCUCGAACAUUCCGCCAUUAUGCAUGAACGUGAUUCAAGUGGUGGUUUCCUACAAAUGUCCGGUGUUCAUGUGACCUAUGAUUACAACAUGAAGGCUGGCAGUCGUGUGGUCAGUGCCGAAGUCCGUUGUGCUGCCUGCAAUGUACCCACUUAUGAACCCUUGGAUCAAACGAAAAUGUACAAUGUCAUUGUCCCGUUCUUUCUUUUGGAUGGUGGUGAUGGUCAUACCUUUGUUGAGGAAGGUGGUGCCGAACCCAUACGCAUGACCAAAAAGGAUUCUGAGGCUUUAAUGGAUUAUUUGAGACGUCAUGAUUUUGUCUAUCCUCAGGUGGAGGAACGUAUUACCAUUAUUCAAAAGGAGGAAGAGGAUGGUGGUCAAGGUGGUGGUGGUAAUGGCGGCGGUGGUGAUGGAGCUUUUGCCGUUGUCAGUUCGGGACUGUUGAUCGUGAUGUCAUUGCUAUCACUGCGCUUGUUCAACUAG